AUGCAUCGAAACGGAAUAGCGGAAGACAAGGAAAAGGUUGAAGGAAUUGGGCCGUCCAAAAGCUCAGAAGAGGGCGGAGAUGUUGGCAAAGCUUCAGACUCUGAUCAAGGUGGUGGUACUCACGGGAUAGCGCCUCUAAACCUGGAAAACUAUCCUCGACUAUACCGACGAUUGGCACUCUCGUUAUCACACCUUCAUAGGCCAACAAGAGACGAUUUUCUUAGAGUUGCAACAGGUUUCUGGCAGCGGUUACGCAUACGUUUCAAGUGGUUCACCAUACGGUCAUUUCGCAGGUUUAACGCAGACGACAUAUCCGCAUUUAUAACAUGGUUUCUCAUGAGUCAAACCUUGUGGAUCCUAGUCGGAACCACGACUUUCUUUUCUGUUGUUUUCGCUACUGCGAACAGCUUGCGUCUGCAAGAGAAUGUCGCUCGCGCGAUAAGUAAUUACCUGACAGCGGAAACUGGAGUCACCAUCAUAUUCGAAUCUGCCAUUGUACCAAAGUGGAAAGACUCUCGGAUUUCGUUCAAAAAUGUGUAUAUAUCCCGACGGCCGCGGUCUGACGUCACUCCUUCAACCGAGAAAAAAGUCACGGGCCACAAGGCUGCAAUUGGUUACGAUGUUAAAGAGGAGAUAACUCUGGAUCAUAGUGAUGACGAUCUCAAUUAUUCUAUGUUCGAUUUGAAUGUGGAUUCUAUUGAUGUGACAUUGUCAUUUAAACGUUGGUUAGAUGGAAAGGGACUCGUGGAAGAUGCUGUUAUAAAAGGGGUUCGUGGUAUACUAGACCGACGAUCAGUUUUUUGGGAUCCCGAGCAUCCUCUGGAUCCUGCGGCUUUCCGUCAUACCCCACAACCGGGCGACUUUGAACUGGAAUUGCUUCAACUAGAAGACGUGCUAAUUACCGUUUAUCAGCCUGGAGAUUUUAGACCGUACACAGCUUCCAUUUUCCGUGCUGAUAUGCGGAAUCUACGGAAGCAAUGGCUAUUUUACGAUUUCUUGUGCGCCGAGAACGUGGUUGGGCAGUUUGAUAACUGUCUAUUCAGUCUGCACAAACCUCAAAGCAUUGGUAGGACAACCGACCAAGACCUUAAAGACGGCAAAUGGUCUCGUAUGUCUAGGAUCCGUAUCGACGGCGUUAACAUUGAUCAUAUGCAAAACUCUACGACACAAGAAGGUCCUAUUUCCUGGAUUACUUCAGGAAAAGUUGACGCUGUUCUUGAUAUCAAGUUUCCUCGUGAUCCAGAGGAUGACUUCCCCCUGAAUGCGCUUUUAGGAGAGAUCGCAGACGCUUUAUCCACCGCUGCCUCGGUAUCUCUUCUGAACGAACGUAUCCCUGGCCAGCGGGAGCUAGCAAAGCCUCCGCUGACCGCCCCUCAGUCCGACGAUUUUACUGAAGAUGACGAUACUCCUAAAGUUAUCAUCGAUAUAGACCUUAGAUUCAGAGAUUUGAAAGCUGCAGUACCAUUGUUCGCCAGCGAUCUCUCAUACGUGAACAGUGCUCUCAUACGACCUAUAGUGGCCUUCAUGAAUGCGCAUCGUACUCUGGUACCGAUUCACUGUAGGGUGACCAAGAACCUGAGCGAUUUCGACGGUGCUUGGACUAUGUGGGAAACUGGACUCAUGGAUGAAAUCUCCGAAAAGACAUAUGACGCUCUUGCCCACCACGUCGCACAAGUAAACAUGAACCGCCGUGUGAAGGCGGUCAGCAUCUGGAGUUUGCAGAUGACGGCAAGUGCUGUGUUGUCGGCACUGAGAACCAUGGUAGAUCCCAUGGCGAUUCAAUCAAGAGGGCACUACUUACCGUAUGAUGCAUUUGUUCCUGAUUCUUAG